UAAAUAAUUAUGGAUUACAAUCGAAAUGAUAUGAUCACGCAAGAGCUUAAGGCUAAGUUUAAUUUGAAUAUUUAGUAAAUCAUUUGAACAAUCAAAUAGAAUAAAAGACCCAUAAUCACGUCUCUUUCUUAAAGGAUAUUUUAAAUCAGAUUCUGAAAUACACUCUUCCCGAUUUGAUAAAGAUGACAUUAUGUUGGCUCUCGGAUGUUCUAAUGGAUUAGUCUGUGUAUAUGAUCUCACUAGAAGUACUAUAUUAUUCAAUCUGAGGCGAAAAGACAGCAUUUUAUACAUAUCUCAGUUCUAAAUCAAAUAUGAAAUUACCUUGUACUUCCCUUAGGUUUAAUAUAUAAAAUAAUGUUAGAUGGUUUUCAAGUGAAAAAUCAACUAAAAUGAGAUAAGUCCUAAUUUCAGCGAACACUGAUGGUAUUAUAAUACUUUAAAUUAGGUACGAUAAUGUAUAAAAAUGUGAAAACCGAUUCUACUAUUUAUUAAUUUAAAGAAGAAGAUGAUAAUGAAGUUUAUUGUAUAGAUGCUUUAAAAAACUAAUUAGCAACUUGUGGUAAGGAUUGCAAAGUAAUAGACUCUCUAGUAAUUAUAGGUUAGAAUCUAUGAUAUAGAGGCAUAAACAUUAUAAUCAACACUGGAAGCGAUAUAAUGGGUUUAGCCUGGUCAUAAUAAUAGAUUAUUCAGUGUUAAGAUUGUACCUUAUGAUAAAAAUUUAGUUAUCAGUGGAGGUUGGGAUCAGAAUAUAAUAAUAUGGGUAGUUUUAUAAAAGAUAUAUUAAAGGAUUUAAGAUAGAAAUCUUAAUCUGGAUGUAUUGUAGGUCCAAAAAUAGCAGGUGAUACAAUAGAUAUAAGAGAAGGUACAAUUUUAACAGGAGCAAACAGAAUGGGUGAAUAAUUAUAAAUAUGGGAUUUGGGUACAUAGAAAUUGAUAGAGAAUAUAAAAUGGGAAGAAAAAGUAGACACAGCUGGAGCAUUUAUAUAUGGAUCUUAAUUUGGAAAAGGAAAAGGAUAUUGUGUAGGAGGGGUUGCUCAUGGAACUAAUGAGUUUAAGAUGUUUGAUAGAAUCAAAGGAUCAUAUAAAGAAGCUAUGUAGUUAGGUGGAUUUAAUAAAGGUUUUAUAUUAUUUAUCAAUAUAAUAGGUUUAUAUACUAUGGAUUUUGCAAAUACAUCAAAUAAAUGUGUUAUUGGAGGAGGAGAUGGAUUAUGCUUAAUGUUAGCAAUUGUUCCUAAUAAAGAUCAAUGACGAGUAAUUUGAUUAUUUUAUUAAUCUAUAUCAAU